CCCGUCCGUCACUCGCCGUGCCGUCUCGUGUCGUCUCGCUCUCGCCGUCCCAUCUCUCGGCUCGAUUCUUCCACCCACCUCAUCGCCAUCGUCUCCGCCCAGCUUCUUCCCCCGCCGCGCGCCGCCCAGGCAGGAAGUCCAUCUCCCCCUCUCCCCCACCUCUGUCCAGCUGCCGAUUGCGCCCGAUGAACACGUCGCAGUUCAUGGACAAGCAGAUCCUCGGCCUCGCCGCCUCCGCCUCCCCCUCCUCCUCCCUCGCGGGCGGCGGCGGCGCGGAGCUCCUCGAUCUGAUGGGCCCCGACCCCCAGGACGAAGGCCAGGACCGCCCCAUCCGACGCCACCACAGCACCAACGGCAGCGCCGCCGCUGAUGUGCUGCCCAGCUACGACUUCCAGCCCAUCCGCACCAGCACCGCGGCGCCGCCCUCGUGGGGCUCCCUUGAAUCCGGCUCCAGGGCACCCACUGCCGCCUCGUCCACGUACAACCUCAAGAGUGCUGGUAUAUUGGAGAAUCAUGCGCUGAAGAAUGUUAGUCAUGAGGAUGACAGGAGUAACUUCGGACAGGUCACUGUGGCAGAUAUUGAUCGAACCAUGAAAAAGUAUUCUGAUAACCUGUUCCAUGCACUAGAAGGUGUAAGCUCAAGGCUUUUGCAGCUGGAGCGUAGAACACAUCAUCUUGAAAACUCUGUUGAUGAGUUCAACCUAACAAUUGGCAACUAUAAUGGCAGCACUGAUGGAAAACUGAGGCAACUUGAGAACAUGCUGAGGGAGGUCCAAGUAGGUGUGCAGAUUAUGCGCGACAAGCAGGAAAUUGUGGAAACACUGGUCAAUCUUGCAAAGCUCCAGGCACCCAAAACUGAGACCCAUUCGUCAGAAAACAGUGGGGUUGGACAGGCAGACUCGAGACAGCAGUCAGUGGCUCCACAGCAGGCAGCUGUUCAGCCGCAACAUCAAGUCACGACCCCUUCCCAACCACAAGCAUUUCCUGCACUUCCUGCUCCAAAUGCGCCUCCUCCACCCCCAAUGCUUCAAAACCAGCCUCCAGCACAGUUUGUAGGCCAUUCACCACAUUCACAGAUGCCAUCAGUCCCUCCAGUUGCAUCGGUUACCUCAGUACCAGCUUUACCAAAUGAUCCCUACUACAUGCCCUCUGCUCAGCAAACUGAGGCCAUUCAUCAGCAGUAUCAAUCCCCUCCAGUUCCACAGCCACAGGCGCCUCCAGCACCACCACAGCAGUAUCAAGCCCCGCCAGUUCCACAGCCACAGGCACCUCGAGCUCCACCACAGCAGUAUCAAGCCCCACCAGUUCCACAGCCACAGGCACCUCCAGCUCCACCGCAGCAGUAUCAACCACCAUCACAUUUUCCUCAAUAUUCACAACCACCUCAGUCUGCAAAUGUUAACCCUUCAGGCCCACUUGCACUUCCUGCACCCCAGCAGACAGAAUAUGUGCCUCCUCAUAGCUAUCCACCAAAUGUCCGUCCUCCUUCAGCUUAUAUGCCACCGCCUAGUGAACCAGCCCCUCCUUUCUAUGGACAGAACCCUGGCAUGUAUGAACCUCCUGCAUCUAGGCCCAACUCUGGGACACCACCAUCUUAUGGUUCCACUGGGUACGGGCCACAGGGGGGGAGCGGUUUCUCCGACUCAUAUGGUUACACUGGGUCACCUUCUCACCGUGGCAAUGCUGGAAUGAAGCCGACACCUUUUGCUCCCUCAGGGCCAACCUCCGGGGGUGGCGGCAACAGCUACGGCAGCAGGCUCCCCACGGCUCAGAUACUACCGCAAGCAGCGCCAGUCAGUUCCAGCCCGACCGGUUCGUCAGGCAACAACAGGGUGGCAAUCGACGACGUGGUCGAGAAGGUCUCGACAAUGGGGUUCUCUAGAGAGCAGGUGAGGGCGACGGUGCGGAGGCUGACCGAGAACGGGCAGAACGUAGAUCUGAACGUGGUGCUCGACAAGCUGAUGAACGACAGUGACGUGCAGCCCCAGAAAGGUUGCGGGGACCCGACCGUGUUCGAGGCGUUCUGGAGGGAGACGGGGGCGCUGGCGGAGAUCGUGAUCCCAGGGUGGCAGACGAUGAGCUACUUCUCCGACGUCGGCAACGUGUGCUGGUUCCUGGAGCCCGAGUUCGGCCGCCAGGUGCGCCGCCUCCACCGCACCGUCCGCAACGCCGCCGCCGGGGACGAGUACCACGUCGUCGUCGGCACCGGCUCCACGCAGCUCUUCAUGGCCGCCCUCUACGCGCUCUCCCCCUCCGGCUCCGGCGACCCCAUCAGCAUUGUCUCCACGGCUCCAUACUACUCUUCGUAUCCGGCGGUCACGGACUUCCUCCGGUCUGGUCUGUUCCGGUGGGCCGGCGACGCCAACUCGUUCAAGGGCGAUGAGUACAUCGAGCUGGUGUGCUCCCCGAACAACCCUGACGGUGCCCUCCGCGACGCCGUGCUGCGGUCGGAGGCCGGGAAGACGGUGCACGACCUGGCCUACUACUGGCCGCAGUACACCCCGAUCACCGCGGAGGCCGCCCACGACAUCAUGCUCUUCACCGUGUCCAAGAGCACCGGCCACGCCGGCACCCGGAUCGGGUGGGCGUUGGUGAAGGACAGGGAGGUGGCGAAGAGGAUGACCAAGUUCGUGGAGCUCAACACCAUCGGCGUCUCCAAGGACUCGCAGAUGCGGGCCGCCAAGGUGCUCAGCGCGGUCUCCGACGGCUACGACAUGGGCUCCGGCUCCCGGCACCGGCACCGGCUGUUCGACUUCGGCCGGCGCAAGAUGGUGGAGCGGUGGGCGAUGCUCCGCGCCGCCGCGGCAGCAUCCGGCAUCUUCAGCCUCCCCGAGGAGACCUCCGGCCACUGCAGCUUCUCCAACGACACCGCCGCCAACAACCCCGCGUUCGCGUGGCUGCGGUGUGACAGGGAGGACGUGGAGGACUGCGCGGGGUUCCUGCGCGGGCACAAGAUCCUGACGAGGAGCGGGAGCCAGUUCGGGGCGGACCCGAGGUACGUCCGGGUGAGCAUGCUCGACAGGGACGACGCCUACGGCAUCUUCGUCACCCGCCUCGCCUCCCUCAAGUGAAAGACAGACGUCCAACAACGGAGGCUGCGCGCCAUUGCAUAUUGUAUAUUGUAGAGAUUUCGAGGGGAUCUAACACACUACGAGAGGGCCUAUUCACCUAUACCAACUACUUUGGUGUAGUUGAUUAGUUCCUUUUUAUUUCUACUUACUUAGUGCAAGCUUUCGGGCGGCAGAGCCACUCACGUUAAAGCAAGUCUUGAAUCCGGGUGGCUAUGCCACUCACGUUGAAACAAGACCGUUGUGAUUCCGGACGAAUCCGCUCACAUUAAAUCACAACUUAUAUGCACUAAGUA